UUUCUGUUUCUGCAAUUACAGUUCGUUUAGUUGCAAAAUAUCAAUUUACAGCACACAAUUAUCAUUUCUGUGCUGAAACAAAACUUUCCCGGUUGACGAGAACGGCACAUUAUACGGCUUAAUAAUCCAUUCAUCGCCUUUUGCCCCAGCAACAUCAUGGUUUGGCUAGAAUCUUGUUGGUCUCCAUUUAUUUGGACAAACUCCGUCAAAUCCGGAAGCUAUGCAGUAGCCGCGUACACCGUUGCCAUUUCGAUCGUGUUGAUAACGAUGGUAACAUACAACCUGCUGGGAGGAGAUUCAUCUCAGCUAUAUUCACCGCUGUUUGAGACCGACAUUCGAGACUCAAUGCAGGUUGUCGGAGGACUAUUCAUCUUGUACUUUAUUCUGCUCAUAUUAUCUGCUGGUGGAAUUUGCUAUUCGUUAAAAACCACAACCCGUGGUUGGAUGUUACCGUGGCUGUCACUGUUCGGAAUAGCGAUUUUAUUCCAGCUGGUGUUCGGCUUGUGGUUAAUUGGUGGCUAUUACAUUUAUUUGCAGCAAACUCUAUCGAGUCUAAUCCUUUGGGUGUGGAUGGCCUACAAUAUCUACUGCUGGAUGUGCGUGUACUCGCAGUACCAAAUAUUUGAAAAUCUUCAAUCACCAAACAUUGAGCUUUUAAUGCCUUGAGGAAAUCACGCAACUGGUCGUGAAUAGAAUCUAUAGAAUGACCUCACUUUUUUACCUUGACUAUUAUCACUUCAGUAAGAACACGAUAGUAUUUUGCAUGCCGUGUCUUAACAUUUACAUUCUUUCUAGUUGUAGGUGAUUUUCAUGAAUCUUUCCAUAUUUUUAUGACGUUUUUUAUUAUUAUUCCAUUUACGAAGGUACAAACGUAUUAGGGAAUAUUUUUUCCAAUGUUAAGCACUUGACACAUUAUAAUAUACAACGUAGUUUAGAGCUAGGAGGAAGACUGAGAGAAACACGAACCGUCCGAGCAGCGAAACAUACAGAAUCUUGCGAAAUAAAGAAAUUUUUUAGACAGAAGCAGUUUGGUGAACUUAGUUGUUGCGAUCAUUAAUACAUUACAUAGU